CUACUGUGAUUAUGCAGCAUCAGGCAGAUCUUUGCAGUUCAUUGAGGACUACAUCAUGCGAGAAGUCCUCCCCUGCUAUGGAAACACACAUACAACUACAAGUAUAACCUCUCUUCAGACCACACUUUACAGGCAUGAAGCAAGAGACAUUUUCCGGAAUGCUGUGCAUGCUUCUGAACAUGAUGCAGUCAUAUUUGCAGGUUCAGGUUGCACUGGGGCAGUACACAAAUUAAUCCAUGCACUCAACUUGCCUGAGCCUCCAGUUGUAUUUGUAGGGCCAUGCGAGCACCAUUCCAACCUGUUGCCUUGGAGGGAGAUUGGCUCAAAGAUCGUUCGAAUCAGAGAAACUAAAGAAGGCCACCUUGACCUUGUAGAUCUAGAACAGCAGUUGCAAGCACACCAUGGUCUUGGGCCAAAGCUCAUUGGAUGCUUUUCUGCAGCAUCCAAUGUUACUGGUGUCCUUGCUGAUGAUAUCGCCACAACUCUUCUAUUACAUCAGUAUGGUGCUCUUGCAUUUUGGGAUUAUGCUUCUGCAGCUCCUUAUGUUAAACUUGACAUGAACCCCAUUUUGCCUGGCGUCGAUGAGACUGCCGUCCACAAAGAUGCUAUGUUCUUUUCUGUCCACAAAUUUGUUGGAGGUGUUCAGUCACCAGGUGUACUGGUGGCUAAGAAAGUUCUUUUCAACAAUCCUGUACCUAAUGGCUGCGGAGGUGGCACAGUUUUCUUUGUAACUAGAGAUGGCCAUCGAUACUUACAGGAUACAGAGCUCAGAGAAGAAGGUGGCACAGCUGCUGUUGUAGAAUCAGUGCGAGCAGGCCUUUCCAUGCAGCUGAAGGAAGCAGUUGGGACGCAAGCUAUAAUGGCAAGGGAGCACAAAAUUACCAGGAUGGUGCUGGCCCACAUGCGAACAAUUCCAGAACUCAUUCUUCUUGGUCCUCGCUGCCAGUCUUCAAAAAGGCUGCCAAUAUUUUCAUUUAUGGUGAGACACCCAAGAGGUGUGUUCCUCCAUCACAACUUUGUAUGUACAGUUUUGAAUGAUGUCUUCGGUAUCCAGGCAAGAGGUGGAUGUGCAUGUGCUGGUCCAUAUGCUCAGGAUCUGCUAGGAAUUCCUGAAGAAUUAGCUCAGGAGUAUGAAGAAGUACUGCUUGAAGAUCGGCGACUUGACCGCACUCAUUUACGCCGCCAUGAAGAACACUCGAGCUUUGAAAUGUUGCGUCCUGGUUUUGCUCGUAUAUCAUUGCCAUUUUUUAUGGCCGAUCAAGAGGUGGCUUUUGUUUUGGAGGCUAUAAAAAUGGUUGCUACAGAAGGAUGGAAGCUUCUGCCUCAAUACAUACUAAACCCUGAGACGGGAGAAUGGAGACAUCAUACGAAUACGGUGUUUCGCGAGAGAAAAUGGCUUGGCCAUAUAAGAUACACUGAUGGCAAAAUGACUGUAAGUGAAAGACGUAUCUCCUGCCUCGGUACGUUCCCUCAGGACUAUGCUGACUGCCUCCAUACAGCUCGCAAUAUAUUCAACAAGGCUAGAAAGAUGGCUCAGAGGUACCCACUUGCUGAUCAGUGUGUGAUGUUUGAUGAACACACAGAAAAGUUGCGGUGGUUUAUGCUACCAAGUGAAGCACAGGACUUGUUACUGGGACACUCACGUCGGGUUAAGCACCACGUUCCAUUUGAACCAGCUAUAUAUGGAGGUUCGCGGGGGUCACCAGUGCCUCCCCCGGUUGCUGAAGAAUCAUCCCUUCCUCCUUCCCCUGAAGCACUUCCUCGUCACGGGAGCCUUCCAUGCAUAGCUCCACGGCUGUCGGGUGGCCGCCCAAUCUCACCAGCAGUGCCAUCUCACAGGGGUGAACAUGGGCGAGCCAGGUGCUACAGUUUAGGCUCUGGUUCAAUACCUCCACCACUUAGCCCCGAGACUGCAGCAGUUCUGGGCUGCAUGGUAGGCCAGCGCUCCUGUGGCAGUCAGACUGACCUCACCGACAGGCCACCAUAUGUGGGCAGCCCGCUGCAUGUUGUAACUUCUACACCAGACAUGGUUGGUGCUCUAGGCUCCCCUCACAGUCCUGAGGACAUUCGUGCAUAUGUGCAGGAAGUAACGCAGUCUCUCGCCACCGAAAUAAAGUCGGAGAUUCGGGAAGUGAUAUCAAAAGUGGACGUAUUACUGUCGGACAGUGAGGGAAAUGGCUACAGUUCUUCUUGUGACACUCCACCACCGACAAGGUCUUCAUCCUUGAAGCAGUCACAGCAGACGCCUCGAAAGGCUCCUGCAUCACCAACACCACAAACACCUCCUCCACAACAACAGACACCAGUUCAGCAAUUACCGGUAAAACAGCCACAGUCUCAGGAGGUACCACUCCAGAAGUCAACAUCUGAGGUGGUACAAAUCCAACAGCAAUUGACACAAGAGGUGCAAAUCCAACAGCCACUGCCUCAGGGGGCAAAAAUCCAAAAACCACAACCUCAGGAGGCACAAAUACAACAGCCAAUGCCGCAGGGGGCAGAAUUCCAACAGCCUCUGUCUCAGGAGGAACAGUUCCAGCAGCCUCCACUCCAGCUGCCACAAACACAACAGCAGCCACUUCAGAUAUCACCACCACAGCAAUUAUUACUUCAGCAAUCACCACCACAACAAGUAUUCCCUCAGCAGCCACCACUGGCACAGCAGCAACAAUCACUUCAGUCAUCACCACCACAUCAACUAUUACUUCAGCAGUCACCUCCCCAGCAGCUGUUACUUCAGCAGUCACCUCCCCAGCAGCUGUUACUUCAGCAGUCACCUCCACACCAGUUACUACUUCAGCAGUCCCCCGUACAGCAGCCUUUACUGCGGGAGACAUCACCGCAACAGCUGUUACUGCAACACUCGCCACCACAGCAAAUACUAGUCCAACAGUCUCCACAGCAGAUAACAUCAUCCCAGAUGCCUGGAGAAACCCUAACAACUACUCUAAUACAAUCUCAAGGUGUACCUGCAGACAAUGUCGCUUUCUUAACAACUGCCGAUGUGGCUGACUACAUAAAGGAAAUGACUGCUGAAAUGACUAGUGAGGUCAAAUCUGAAAUCAGAGAUAUGGUGUCACAGGUGGACGAGUUGUUAGCAGACAAUACUGAGGGAAGAAUCUCUGACUCUUCAGCAUCACCCUCCUCAGCCAAUGGCUCACUGUUAUCUCCUCAGCAGACUGAACAGAAAAAUAUCACUGGGCCCCUGGCCCCUGUAUCGGAGAGUGAUACUUCAACAUCUCCUGAGGAGCCGCCAUCCAGCAGCAUCCAAACGAUCAGCGAGCCAAUGUCAGAGUCGAUAAGUGAGCAGGACUCUACCUGUAACCCCGAAAGUAUUUCCCAGAAGGUGGCAACUGACCAAAAACUUGAAUUACACGAAUCGGCAGGUGCCACAGCGGAAUCAUCUGGGACUGCUCCCCAGUCAAGUGAAUGUUCGAGUGACGAAACGGUCAUACAUGUACUCAGAGGUGAAACCCAGUCACAAGAUUCUGGCAUCAAUCUUACAUCACACGAGUCUGACUCAGGUUCCCCAGUGCCAAGUACGGGGUCUUUCUCUGGUGGCAUGGUAGCGGAAGCAUGCCGAGCUGCAGCUGCUGAGAGACAGCGUGAAGCUGUAGAAGCUGCCGCGGGGAUCCUAGGAGGACCACCAGUCGCUCGCUGGCACUGUCCUCCAAAGUCCAUCUGGAAGCCUGCUGUGGAGGCUCUGCAGGAGUUUGACAUGGUGCGUGAUGGAGACCGUGUGAUGGUGUGCCUCUCUGGUGGCAAGGAUUCUCUCAGCCUCUUACACACACUCCACCAGUAUCAGUUCUACGCAAAGGCAAAGGGUGUGAAUUUUACACUUGGUGCUGCAACUGUUGAUCCAGGUAGCCCUGCUUAUGAUCCAAGGCCUCUCAUACCUUACCUGGAGGCCUUAGGAGUACAUUAUCUUUAUGAAGAGCAGAAAAUACUAGAUCAGGCAGCCAUGCUGGAUAAAUGUACAUCAGUGUGCAGCUUUUGCAGCAGAAUGAAACGUGGUCGACUGUAUGCUGCUGCUCGUAUGAAUGGGUACAAUGUUCUUGCUCUUGGGCAGCAUCUAGAUGACAUUACAGAGAGUUUUCUCAUGUCUGUGUUUCACAAUGGGAGGCUGCGUACUAUGAAGGCACAUUACUGGAUAAGAGAACGUGAUCUCAGAGUUAUUAGACCAUUCAUUUAUGUGCGAGAGAAAUCCUUGAGACAGUUUGCUGAGUCCAGAAACCUACCUAUAAUACCUGAAAAUUGCCCAGCUUGUUUUGAAGCACCAAAAGAACGGCACCGCAGCAAGCAGUUGUUAGCCCAACAAGAAAUACUGUUUCCAAAGCUAUUCUGGAGCUUACGUUCUGCACUGCAUCCACUCAUCAGCUUUCGACAAACGGGAGAAGAAAGUAAAGCUUAUGCUCGACAUCGUAAACAUAGCUCCAAUAUGAUGGAACGAGCGCAAGAUUCGUCAGAAAGUGAAGAGGAAGCUGUUCCAUGAAAUUGUUAAUUCAGCAUGUUGAGAUGUCUACAGACUGUGGAAUUGACAGAGAUUCUAUAUGACUGCAACUGAUGACAGCAGUUUAAGAGAUAUUUGUACUGAGGAGGGAGAAAUAUAAACAUUCUCUCUUUUUAUCCUGUUUAUUCAGCUGCCUGUUAUGGAUUGUGCUGACAGCUGCAUAAACAGUACAUAUUUUAUUUAUAUUUUCAUUUCAUCUCUGUGAGAUGAGUGUGUAAGUGUUGUAGACUGCUGACUUGUCUGAUUUGUCAAUUGUGUAUUGUGUGUGUCAUUGAAUGCUGUGAUAAGUGAAGCAGUUCUCUAAGAGGUGUGUCAUGUUAAUUUGUGAAAUAAUUGUGCUUGUAUGAAAAUUUGCUUUAAAAUAUUGUAUACCUGAUAACUUCUGGAAAGUUUCAGGCUGACAAGUGUCCCCUUGCUUUUUUCCCCUAAUCAGUGCACAGAUGGUGGGGCUACUGAAUGCUAUAGUUUGAAGUAUUUGAUAGUUUCAAGUAUUGCAGUUAACACUGACAAGCCAUUCUAAGUAUUUUCACUGUGAUACAGUAACAAAUGCAAGCAUUUACCCAGUGUGUUUGAACCGCAAACCACCUUAAAAGUCAUCCAAGUUUCUAUUACAGUACAGAGUCACUGGUCACGUUUAUUUUUUGAUUAAAUGGUGGUACAUCUAUGAAUUUAAUGUAAGAUGUAAAAAAAAAACGUGUUUGAGAAAGGCCAAUAGAAAUGACUAAACAUCUCCUUGCAAAAAGAACAAUAGAAGAUACUUUUACAAGACACUUAUUGACAUUUGAAAUUGCCAGAGAAAACCAGCAAAAACUGACUUUUUUCAUCCAUUUGCAGAUUUAUGGAAUAGUUCAUUCCAGUGUACACAGUAACAUUCCCACUUCUUAAAUGCUCAUAUACUUAUUAGUUGGGAAUUCAGGUUGUACUAAUGAAGAAGAAAAAUCUGCAAUGAUCACAGUAUUUGAUAGUUAAUUUAGUACAAAAUGAACUAAUUAUUGUGAAUUUUUAACUGCUGUUUGCAGAUUGUAAGGAAGAGAGUGUAACACUUUCUACUACCUCAAAUUCUGAAUUAUAUCCACCAUGCGUCUAUGAUGUAUUUGAAUGACUGUUGAUAUAGAGUUACAGAUGUAUUAAUGGUUAGUAUUUGAUUAUUUCAGCUUGAUAUGACAUCAAAUUCACUGUUUGGUACCUGAAUCUUUUAAUGAAACAAAUAAAGACCUUGGUGAUUUCUGUGUUGUAGUGGAAACCAGAUAUGUACUGUGUAUAUAUUUAUACAGUACUCCAAUGAAAGUUUUGCUGUUUUAACAAAUUAUGGCAAAAAACAAAUAUAUUUAAUCGAUCCACAUACAUGUAGAAUUAUGAAAUACGUGUUUUCAACAACAUUCCAUACUUAAUUUGUCCUUUUCUUGUUUUAUCAUGUGACUGAACUGCUAAUUAUGUUCCUUCCAUUAACAGUGUUCCAAAAUGUGCUGAACUUACAUUGCUUAGAAGUAAAAUACUGAAGAUACUCCCAAUAUCAUUUCCAUUUGUGUUAAGCUAUUCUUCUGUCAUUUAACCUCUGUGCAUAACUGAAUGUGGUUGCAACAUAUGGGAUUGUAUUGUUUUUUCUGCAGAAAGGAUAGAGGAAAAUGGAAACAGUUUUUAAAAUUUGCUCAAAAUGUGUGUCAUCACAUGUUAAUUCUGCAGAAUCCUUAAAUAUUCUGGUGGAAUAGGGGACCAGAAAGUAUAUAGUAAAUACAAGAACAGAUCUAAGGUAGAUGAAUAUAAAAGUCAUCUGUCCACUCCUUAUCUGUAACUGAAAUGGUUAUGUUCAAAGAAAACUAUGUGCAAGUGUCUAUAUUUUUGUCUUUGAGAAAAUCCAUCCAGCAUCUGUGCCUGUAGAUCAAAGGUUUCACUCCUCCAUGCAGCCUUUUUAUGUCUCCUGAUCCUUGAUAAGCUUUCUAGGCCUAAUUAACAUGCUAAUCUAUCCCUAAUGGUAUGAGAGUAUGCUGAAUUUGCCUGAAAAGUUUAUAAGUGUGUAAUUGCAUUUCAUCAUAUUUACACAAUGUGUAUCUGAGGCAUAGGUAACCAAACUAUUGUUAUCCAUAUAGAUGGGACUAAAAACUUCCAUGUGGAAACCUCUACCAUAGUGUUCCAGAAAUGUUAAAAGUCUACAUUCCCCAAGUAGAUUAUUGAUUCUGGGCCCAGUCUCACAUCAUAUUUAUAUUGUCAGUCCAGCACAAUCCUCAGCAAGUUAGAGGUUCAAAGCACAAUUUUAAUUGCUUGGCUGAUUGAUAAGGAAGAUGCACCACGUCACCUUCUGUGAGGUCUCUUUUAUCUCAUUGCUGAAUGAGAAAGUUAAUAUUUCUUCAGUUAUAUCUGCAGAGUUACAGUUUGGUAGAGCUGUGCAUUUUAUUUGAAUGUAAUAGGUCUUCCAACAUCCCAACAAAAUUUUUACUUAAACAUAUAAUCAGGUGUAAUUAUUGUUUGGUGAAAGAACUACACUCAGUGUUAGUAAGUUUAUAAUGUGCAGCAACUUGGGCUAAGCUGUUUAUUGUUGUGUAUUUGCCUUUCGUUGCUGGCACAACUACUUUACACUCAUUCAAAUGUUUAAGCACUAUUACAAAAUAUAUUGUGACAAAAAUGUGUGAACCUGAUUUAUUUGUUUAAAAAUAUUAGUGAAACUGGCUAUAUUUUAUUAUGUUUCAGUUUGAUGUAUUACUACUGUCCUGUCUCCCCACCCCCCUCCCACUUUCUCCAUCCCUUCCAACAGAGUCAAAUUGAUUUCUGCCAUUACCUGCAUUUCUGUUACCCAAAUUAUUUUUACUUGCUUAAAGCUCCACAGUUUCACUUGGAGGGUAAUUUAAUGUUUGAGUGUGCAGGAAACAAUAUGCUGCGAACCAGAUGCAGAUAAUAAAAGUGUCAUUUAUAUGCAUAAUUGUAUGCAAGAAUGAAGACAGGAGAGAAGACUACAAUUUACGAUAGUUCCUGGAUAAUGAAUCACAUCACAUAUACUGAUUUUAUAGCAAAUUAUUUGAAUGCUUGGUACAUUAAGAGUUUUAUGUUGAACAUUAUGGAUCAUCUUAUCCAAAUGCAGUCAUCUUUCUCUUUUUUGUGGUUGUUUGGACAUGUUUCUCAGGUCCUGUGGCUUCAUCUGCAUGUUUCGUUAUCUGUCUUGUAAAUAAUUAUGAUUUUCAAUUUUAUAACAUUUUCUGCUGUAGAAUUUGCAUUUGUUCCAUUUCUCUGCUUUUUGUUGUGUUAUAUGGUAGUCCAAAUGUUUUCCAGAUUUUAUACUUAAACAGUUCCAUCUGCACCACACCAUUUGCAAGCUUGAAGCUUCAUAAUGAAAUGUGUUCCAACAUGUGACACGGGAAGUGUUGCCCUAUCAUUUUAUGAUUCCUAAAAGUGAAUAAUAGUAGUACUGUACUAUGACAAGCCGAGGAUGGAAUAACAACAGUAUGAAUCGGAUAUAUUGUUAAUACCACACAGAGGAGGUGUUGAGUUACAGAAAGACACAAAGAGAAAGAAUACAAGAAAUAUUUAAGCCUUUAGACAGAGACCUUCCUCAGAAGUGGAACUCUCACACAUUCAUACAACAACAACAUUACACACGCACAUGGCUACUGUCUCUGGGUGCUAAGACACAAUCUAGCCUUAGAGCCUGGAGACAGUGGCUAGGUGCUUUAACAGUAGAUUUGUUUUUGAAGGGGGUCUACCUUGAACAAAACACCAUUUUGUCUUCAUCAGUAAACA